AUGGAUACACUGAAGUACAUUUCUGGAUUCGGGAACGAAUGUGUCUCAGAGGACCCCCGAUGCCCUGGUGCCCUGCCAGAAGGACAGAACAAUCCUCAAGUUUGUCCCUACAACCUGUAUGCUGAGCAGCUCUCAGGAUCAGCUUUUACCUGUCCAAGGAGUACCAAUAAGAGAAGUUGGCUGUACAGGAUUCUACCCUCCGUUUCUCACAAGCCCUUUGAAUCCACUGAGCAAGGCCAUGUCACUAACAACUGGGAUGAAGUUGAUCCUGAUCCUAACCAGCUAAGAUGGAAACCAUUUGAGAUUCCAAAAGCAUCUCAGAAGAAGGUGGACUUUGUGAGUGGCCUGCACACCUUAUGUGGAGCUGGAGACAUCAGGUCUAACAAUGGGCUUGCUGUCCACAUUUUCCUCUGCAACACCUCCAUGGGGGACAGAUGCUUUUACAAUUCAGACGGGGACUUCUUGAUUGUUCCCCAGAAAGGGAAACUUCUCAUUUACACCGAGUUUGGCAAGAUGAUGGUGCAGCCCAAUGAGAUCUGCGUCAUUCAGAGAGGGAUGCGGUUCAGCGUAGAUGUGUUCGAGGAGACCAGAGGCUACAUCCUGGAGGUCUACGGUGUCCACUUUGAGCUGCCUGACCUGGGACCAAUUGGAGCCAAUGGCUUGGCCAAUCCUCGUGAUUUCUUGAUACCUGUUGCCUGGUAUGAAGAUCGUCAAGUGCCAGGUGGUUACACUGUGAUUAAUAAAUACCAAGGAAAGCUGUUCGCUGCCAAACAGAAUGUCUCCCCGUUCAACGUCGUGGCCUGGCACGGGAACUAUACCCCCUACAAGUACAACCUGGAGAACUUCAUGGUCAUCAACGCGGUGGCCUAUGACCACGCAGACCCGUCCAUUUUCACAGUAUUGACUGCCAAGUCUCUCCGCCCUGGAGUGGCCAUCGCUGAUUUUGUCAUCUUCCCACCUCGAUGGGGGGUCGCUGAUAAGACCUUCAGGCCUCCUUAUUACCACAGGAACUGCAUGAGUGAAUUCAUGGGGCUCAUCAAAGGUCAUUAUGAGGCAAAGGAAGGUGGGUUCCUGCCAGGAGGAGGCAGCCUGCACAGCACCAUGACUCCCCACGGGCCUGAUGCCGAGUGCUUUGAGAAGGCCAGCAAAGCCAAGUUGGUGCCUGAGAGGAUUGCUGAUGGCACCAUGGCAUUUAUGUUUGAGUCUUCUCUAAGCAUGGCCGUCACCAAGUGGGGGCUCAAGACCUCUCACUGUUUGGAUGACAACUACUACAAGUGCUGGGAGCCUCUCAAGAGCCACUUUACCCCCAAUUCCAGGAGCCCAGCAGGACCUAAGUGA